UUAGAGCAUGAUGUUGAAAGGGUGAAGUCCUGGAGAACUGCUUUGAUUGCUACUACUGCCAAUUUAUCCGGUCCUUGUUACAACUAGAAAUAAACAAGUGCUUAUACAGAAUGGCAUUGAUCUUAUUUAUGAAAUGGAGAAAUUUGAUGAAGAUGAAUCAGUUCAGCUAUUCUGUCAAUGUGCCUUCAAAAGCAAUUAUCCCACGAGAUAUCAGGUGGAGCUAUCGAAGAUGGUUACAAAUGGAAACCCCUUGGUUACAAAAGUUAUUGGAUCAUCACUAUUAGAAUUGACUAUUAGAAUUGAGCGACCUGAAUCCUUACUAAAAUAAAAUAAAGUGUAACGUAUAAUUUAACACAAAUAUUUAUUUACUUCAGUGGUUAAGUGUUAUAGGUAUGUGCAUGAGGUUUCAAGUUAAGUUCAAAUUUUACCUUUAGCAAAUUUAGGUUAUUUCUAGGUUAUCUACUUCAGUGGUUAAGUGUUAUAAGUAUACCUUUGUCAAGGUUCUAUGUUCGAAUUCUUGCAUGGGUAUGAAUUUUUGAUUUUUAGGUUAUCUACUUCGGUUAAGUGUUAUAUGUUUGUCAAGGUUCUAUGUUCGAAUUCUUGCAUGGGUAUGAAUUUUUGCGCAGUGGAAUGAUAAGAGUUCGGUGUUUCUAGGAUUCUGAGCUACAAAAAGGAUGGACAGGCUCGGUUGGUACGGAAAACUCUGGUGAUGCUGCAAAAGAUUGUUCUCCGGCUGCUAAUAAACACUUUGAGCAGUUGUGUCUUGUAAGCGGUAAAAUAGAGUUUCCCCUCAAUUUUGUGGAUUCAUGUUCGUCCUAUUGAUGAUAAGCUUGCAAGAGGGUCAUCUUCAGGGGCCCCUGAGAAACAAAGUAUUGUGGACAGAAUGAGGACAAUAGCUUUGAAGCUUGAGUUUGGGAUAUCAAAGAACCAGAUCUAUGACACAACCAUAGCUCUGCAUUUCACUGAUCCUUUCCAUGUGAGCACAAGAGUCGCCAAUCAAUGCAAUGAUAGUACUUUGCUUUUGCAGGUAACUCUACACUCCCAAGCGAAUGCCACAUUGUCUGUUUACGAUGCUUGGCUUGACCUUCACGAUGGAUUUACACAUGCUGGACAAGGUAAUGGAAGACCUAUUUCUGCAUUCUUUCCACUCGUCAUAUCUCCAAGUUCAAGAGCUGGACUCCUAUUCUGUUUAUGCUUGGAGAAGAGAACUGCUGAAGGACCAUUGGGGCACACCCACCUGUGGCUAUGAAAUCGAAUGAAAAUGAUGAGGAUACUAGUAAGAAUUUAGUCUUCAGGAGUGCUCUUUUUCUGCGGCAGCCUGUCCUUAGUCCAUGCCUGGCUGUAGGAUUUCUACCUCUUCCUUCCGAUAGUAUUCGAGUUGGGCAACUUGUUACCAUGAAAUGGAGGGUUGAAAGGUUGAAAGACAUUGAGGAGAAAAGAGUUCCUCAAAACAAUGACAAGAUGUUAUAUGAAAUCAAUGCAAAUUCUGAUAAAUGGAUGAUUGCUGGGAGGAAAAGAGGGCAUGUUUCUCUUGACAUGAAGCAAGGUUCAAGGAUAGUUAUUUCCAUAUUAUGCAUGCCCCUUGUUGCUGGAUACAUCCACCCUCCUCAUCUUGGGCUUCCGGGUAUCGAUGAAGUGAGUAUAAGCUGCAGUCCUGCCGGAUGUCACCUGGUUUGCGUCUUGCCUCCUGCUCCUAGUUCAUCCUUCUGUGUUCCAGCAUGAUUUUCCUGGCUUCUCUAAUCAGGUCAUAAUUUUCGGCUUUCAAAGUAGAUUCCAUUCAGCGAAAAUCUAAGUCCGAGAUAAAAUUCAUGUCUCUGUUUUGAUUUUGCUCAAUUUUUGCAAGUUUUCAACUUUUGGAAGAAAAAAAAUCAAGAGAACUUAGUUGAUUUAGAUCAGAAUAGAUAGUUCCUUCAAUGCCUUCAAUAUCAGUACAUAUACAAAGAACUGUGUAAUAGCUGUGGACAACACAUUAUGCAUAUCAAUGCGAUUCAAUUCCAUUUUGAGUUCA